AUGAGCAAUGAAGGACAGUUCUUGGCCAAGCCGUCCGGCGAGUGUUGCAUGAAAGGCACAAUCCACGAAGGCCAUCCUCGAGGGACUUAUGAGAGCAUUGCAAGCGUCAACACAUACGUUGCCCGCCCGGAUCCGAGCAAAGCCAAUGGAAACAUUGUGCUCUACUUCCCAGAUGUGUGGGGACAUUUCACCAACGGUCUCCUGAUCGUCGAUGGCUUUGCAGAUGCUGGAUACUUAACUCUUGCCCUCGACUACUUUCGUGACGAUCCUGUGUGGAAGCACCGGAAGAAUCGCAAAGACAGGUCCGACCCCACCUUCGACUAUGAGGCCUGGAAGGUGAAGCAUACGACGUAUGCCGACGAGUAUGUCCCAAAAUGGGUUGGUGUAGUCAAGGAGAAGUACGGUUGUCCAGAAACCAAGUUCGCUUGCGUAGGCUAUUGCUUCGGGGCACCAUAUGUGUGCAACGAACUCGCGAAGACCACAGUGGUAGCUGGAGCGUUCGCUCAUCCCGCAUUCUUGAAGGAUGACCACUUCGCGAAUCUACAGAAAAUCGAUCAUACCUUUGAAACCGCAUCUCGGCGCAAAGCACUCGAUAUCAUGCAAGAAGCAAAGAAGACCUAUCAGCUACAGCUCUUCUCCGGCGUGGAGCAUGGUUUCGCCCUCAGAGGAGAUCUGGACGACCCGUACCAAAGAUAUGUUAAGGAGCAGUCAUUGCAAGGAAUCGUCCAGUGGUUCGACUACUGGCUUUCUACAUGA